AUGAGCUUUGGAAAGUCUAAUUAUCGUGUGGGCGGCACGCGUGGUGGUGCCGAUCAUUUCAAGUGGGAAGACGUCAAGAAUGACAAGUAUCGGGAAAAUUAUUUGGGACACUCGGUACAGGCGCCUGUAGGUCGUUGGCAGAAGGGAAAGGACAUUACAUGGUACAAUAAAGCAAGUAAAUUACAACGAGAUGAAGUGCUGCAGACGGAACUGGAAGUGGCGAAACAGAGGGACGAAGAUUUGAUGAAUGAAGCGCUAGGUUUUGCACCUAAGAGACGUCAUAAGCCUGUUGAAGGUUUGAGUGCGUCGGAGAUGAAGAUGCUGCUGAAACGUGGAGAAGCAGAACGUGAUGGCAUGGAUGUCGAGAGAAUUGAAGGGAUAGGAGCAGCUCCAGUGGAAGCUGCAGGAUUCCAAACAGGAACGAAACGCACAUUGGCUGAGAGAUAUAAGGAUCAACUUGCAAGUGGCAAGGCAGAUACAACGUAUGCGUUGCACAGGUACAAUUAA